AUGGCUCUGGCCGACAGCACUCGUGGAUUACCCAACGGGGGCGGCGGCGGCGGCGGCGGCAGCGGCUCCUCGUCGUCCUCGGCGGAGCCGCCACUCUUCCCCGACAUCGUGGAGCUGAAUGUGGGGGGCCAGGUGUAUGUGACCCGGCGCUGCACGGUCGUGUCGGUGCCCGACUCGCUGCUCUGGCGCAUGUUCACGCAGCAGCAGCCGCAAGAGCUAGCCCGGGACAGCAAAGGCCGCUUCUUUCUGGACCGAGACGGCUUCCUCUUCCGCUACAUCUUGGAUUACCUGCGGGACUUGCAGCUCGUGCUGCCCGACUACUUCCCCGAGCGCAGCCGGCUGCAGCGCGAGGCCGAGUACUUCGAACUGCCCGAGCUCGUGCGCCGCCUCGGGGCGCCCCAGCAGCCCGGCCCCGGGCCGCCGCCGCCGCACUCCCGGCGCGGGGUGCAGAAGGAGGGCUCGCUGGGCGACGAUCUGCUGCCGCUCGGCUCCGCAGAGCCGGAGCAGCAGGAGGGCGCCUCGGCUGGGGCGCCCUCGCCCACGCUGGAGCUUGCUAGCCGCAGCCCGUCCGGGGGCGCGGCGGGCCCGCUGCUUACGCCGUCGCAGUCGUUGGACGGCAGCCGGCGCUCGGGCUACAUCACCAUCGGCUACCGCGGCUCCUACACGAUCGGGCGGGACGCGCAGGCAGACGCCAAGUUCCGGCGAGUGGCGCGCAUCACCGUGUGUGGCAAGACGUCGCUGGCCAAGGAGGUGUUCGGGGACACCCUGAACGAGAGCCGGGACCCCGACCGGCCCCCGGAGCGCUACACCUCGCGCUAUUACCUCAAAUUCAACUUCCUGGAGCAGGCCUUCGACAAGCUGUCCGAGUCGGGCUUCCACAUGGUGGCGUGCAGUUCCACGGGCACCUGCGCCUUCGCCGGUAGCACCGACCAGAGCGAGGACAAGAUCUGGACUAGCUACACCGAGUACGUCUUCUGCAGGGAGUGAGCUCCCCGCUCCCCCUGGCGACUCCAGCGCGCCCUUCCGUCCUUUCCUUUUUGCCCCGGAGGGGACUCUAGAUUUCCCCUCCGACCCACCGCGUUCUCGCGUUUCCCCGUUCCCCACCUCCCGUAGACCCACUGCCCCCUCACUUUACAGGCUGCAGCUUCAGGUCCUCUCGGCUUCUUCGUCUUCUCCGGACCCCACUGAAACAGAGAGCCCAGACGUACCCCUCCACCCCAUGUUUCCUCUGCCCCCGGCCCCAAACCGACCCUCCCCCCGAAUUGUCCUGCAGUCUGGGUCUAGUCGGGGGGUGGGGCAGUGUGGCUACAAAGCCACCGAGUAGUCGGGAAUUGUUCCGACCCUGAUUGGACCUUGGCCGCUUGUAUAGAAGAUUCCUUGAAAUCUUCUCAAAGCCCUGAUGACUCACUCGCGGUCUAAGAGACUUGGUAGCACUCUGGGAAUAGCUUAGUUUCGAAAGGUCAUUCGUUACGCAGUCUUUUGACCUUCUUUAAAGGUAGAGUUUCAGAAGGCUAAACGGAGGACUCCGGGGCCGAGCCGGAAUGAGUUCAGUGCGGAGGCAGUUCAGUGACUACACGUGAAGAAAGUUCUGAACGGUUACAGGUAGGAGAAGAAUCUCGUGCUGGCUCUACGGAGGAGCCUCUGCUUUCCGUGCCGAGUUAAAGAUCUUCGCCUGUGGCUUAAACUUGCAGGACGUUCCCCUCCUGCCUGAGGAGGCACCCUUUCAACUGGGCUCAGCGCCCGAAGCCUUUGGUGUUCGACGGCUUGACAUGGCAGCCUUUAUUGGCAAGAAGGGGAAAGACAGCAUGACAGCCCAGGUCACCAAGUACUGCUGUGACUGUGAACGGA